AUGGGAGAUGGGCAUCUUCCGAGGUUGUACUGUACAUGCGAACAUCGGCGGCGUACGUACUCUCUGAAUGCGCGAAUCUCGGCUGCAAAGUCGCUGGGACGCAAGGAGUUUGGUACGGUUCUGCACCAUGGACCUGUCUUUUGGCCUGCAUGUCGAUUAUCUCAUUGUUUGACUACAACACCGUGUCUUACUCCAUCGCCAUCUUCGCGAUACCUGAUUGUCCAGCACCAUGGCGCUUUCUACGGCUAUGAUCAGGGUGUCUUUGGCAAUGUGAUCAUCUCUGAGAACUUCCUGCGCACGUUCGGCUACCCGUCUGCAAACAUGCAGGGCGUCAUGACGUCCAUUUACAACAUUGGCUGCUUCAUUGGAGCGAUGAGUACGAUAUGGACGGGUGACAUUCUUGGCAGACCUCGACAGAUUAUACUCGGUUCCACUGUCAUUGGUAUUGGUGCGAUAAUCCAAACCUGCAGCUGGACAGUUGCCAGCAUGAUGGUUGGGCGAAUUGUAGCGGGACUGGGAACUGGCAUGAAUACGGCAACAGCCGGAGUCUGGCAAGCUGAAACGAGCAAAAUGAACAGUAGAGGAAAGCUAGUCAUCAUUCAGAUGGCGAACUGCAUCACUGGCUUUAGCCUAUCCAACUGGCUGACUCUUGGCUUCUCAUUUGCGCCCCGAGACAUUGCCUGGCGCUUUCCACUGGCCUUUCAACUCUUUUUCACCUUUUGCAUCUACGCCAUGGCACCAUUCCUACCAGACUCGCCACGCCUGCUUAUCCGCAAAGGCAAGCAUGACGAAGCAUUAGAAGUUCUCGCUGCGCUCGAGGGACACGGAGCAACACCGGAAUCACCAGCAGUAAUCACCCAAUAUAACAUCAUCAGAGACAUUUUGGAUCGCGAGCACAUGAACACAUACACUUGGUGGCAGCUGCUUUCUGGCAAGGGCCCCAGCGGCGUGCUACGCCGAAUGAUCCUGGGUGCCUGGAUGCAGGCCAUGAACCAAAUCUCAGGAAUCAAUGUCACUUCUUACUAUAUGAGCUACAUAUUUAUAAAUGCCUUGGGCAUAUCAGAACUCUUGUCGCGCAUCCUAGCAGCAGCUGGAUCAGUCGACUACCUCAUCUUCGCAUGCUUGGCGUACUUUGUCAUUGAGCGCUACGGGCGGCGCAAGGUCAUGAUGGUGUCUGCCGGCGCCUGCUCCCUAUGCUGGAUCGUAAUCGCCGCAUCUCAAGGCCAGACUGAAGCCGGGGGUGACUCUUACAAACUCGGCAUCGUCGCCGUGUCCUUCUUCUUCCUCUUCUUCGCCAGUUUCGGCAUGGGCGUUCUCGGCGUCCCCUGGCUGUACCCAACGGAAAUCAACGCCCUCGAGAUGCGCACCAAAGGCGCAUCGCUCGCAAUGAGCACAAACUGGAUAUGCAACUACGCCGUCGUCCAAGCCACACUUCCUGGUAUCGAGAACCUGGGCUACAAGUUCUGGGUCAUCUGGGCUGUCAUUUGCUUUGCUUUUAUCCCCAUUACCUACUUCUUCUAUCCUGAGACGGCGAACAGGACGCUCGAGGAUAUCGAUCGCUUUUUUGCUGCUAAGCCUGGACUAUUGAUUUCUGGGAAUAGAAUGGCAGUGCAACUGCAUCGGCCCAUCGAGUUCAUCGAGGCAGAUGCACGCAUCGCUGCCAACGAAGAGACAAAGGAUGCAGAGGGACGAAGGAGCAUCGGUACCGAGCAUGUUGAGGCGAAAGAGGCGGUUUGA